AACAAAUUUAUCUCGUAAUUUAUAGACGAGUUCUGUAAUUAGUUUGAAAUUAGUCUACGUCUAAAACUUCAAAUGUGCAAAAAUUUUACAGCGCAACUAAACCAGGUCCAAAUAUCUAACCGAGCGGGGCCCACUACACGAUGGUACAUGCCACCCGUGGUCAGAAUUUUUUGUAGUUAAAAAAAGUGAAUCAAAUACCGCUUGUAAAAAUCCAACGUCCACGUCUGGGUGAACGGCUCUGAUCUAUCCAAUCAGCUCUUUCCCAUGGGAAGCCCUAUAAUAUUGCUUCCGUGCUCAAACGAGCCACCAGGCAGCAGACCAGUAGCAUCGCAACAUCACUCUUCCUCCUGUGUGCCGGCGUGCCGCCAAUUUCAGCGCUUGAAGCUAGAAUGGCGGCUUCCUCCAUCAGCUGCUGCAUCGGGCCUCCUGCUCCGCCCAAGGGCGCUGCCAGUGCUGCUCGCUGGUCGUCGUCGGGCGUGCCAUCGUCGCUGCGCCGUGCGUUCGCCGCCGCGGCGGCGUGCGCCGUGGUGGGGAUGGCGGAUGGCGGCGGCGGCGCCGACAUGGCCCUGGCACUGGCGCGGGACGGCGCGGUCGCCUCGAGGUCCGGCGACGUCGCCGCGGCCGUGGGCACCCCGCGGGCUCCGCCGCGGUGGAGCGACCGCAGGCCGUGCCCGGCGUGGCGCGCCAACUCGCUGGAGAACGUCGUGCCGGAGAACUUGCCGCGCGCGUCCGCGCGCAGGAGGUUCGGCAGCCGUCUCAAUGGCAAUCUCGGCGGCGGCCCUGCAGGCGCCCGCACCGGACUCGGUGUUGCCUCCUUUCCUGUCGCCGCGCCCUGGCACGGGCUGCUUCUCCCUUUGACGAACUUUCUUGUAAAGUUUUGGAAUUUUGAAGGCGGAGUUGAUCGAGCAGUUUCAGAAAAGAAAUGUUCGCGAAAGUACAAAGGUCCAAGCUCCUUUCGUUUUACUUUUUUCACGUGGCGCGACCGCGCGAGAGCGAGGGAGGCGUGGGGCGCGUACGACUGCUCGCUCGGAGUGAACGUACGAGCUGCCGUUCCGUUGCGUGAACUUAGCUGCAGUACAAGUGUACCACGGCUUUGAGUGAAGUACAGGUACAGGGGCUAGGCCUGUUCGACACGUUUCUGAAGUACGAAAGUGACCAUUAUUCAGCGUGUGAUUUCGUAGUACAACCUUUCUGCACAA